AUGAAAGAGAAAGGAAGGUGUGAAGCCAACAAUACGGAGCAAGAAGUUCUGCCACAACCAACACCGACACAAAAUGAGUCGCAGGAAAACUCGACUUCGGAACCCUCGGAUUUUCACCAUGUCGUGAUCGUUGCUGCUGGCUUUAUCACCAUGUUCAUGACCUGCGGUAUCGUCUUCUCGUUCGGAGUAUACCAGGCAAUCUAUGAGGAGAUGGCCAAAGAGUCCGGCACCCCGUUCACAGGGACGUCCUCCUCGAUCAUCAGUCUUAUUGGUACACUAUCCAUCGCGCUAAUGUCAAUGGGUGGGCCAUUCGUUAGUGCCUGGGCCAAGCUCUACGGCCCACAACCGAUCAUCAUGUCGGGGGGCGUCGUGUUUGGCCUCGGAUGUAUCCUUGCCAGUCUUAGCGAGUAUAUCUGGGAGUUCGAGCUCACGCACGGCGUCCUCGUUGGUAUCGGCACAUGUAUGGCCUACGUGCCAACCAUGUCCGUCUGCCCAACAUGGUUUAACAAGCGCCGUGGUCUGGCCAUGGGAAUUGUGAUUUCCGGUUCCGCCUGCGGUGGUAUGGUUUGGCCACCUGUGCUGCGGGCGAUCACCACGCAAAUCGGAUUUCGAAAUGCGCUACGCAUCUCUGGGUGCUUGAAUAUUCUCUUUGUGCCUAUCUCCGGAUAUGCAUUGAGAUGGGAACCAAAGUUUCAAGCGAAGCUUCAUGAACAGAAUGCUGGGAUUUCGAGGAAAACUGGCUGGGCCAAGGUUCCGCUUGUCAAUUGGGAAGUUGCCAAGUCGAAGAAGUUCGUCGCGCAGGCAUUGGGUUGUUUCUUGCAGUCCGCUGGGUACUCGACACCUCUAUUUUUCUUUGCGGCUUUUGCACGGUCUCUCGGAUAUAGCAAUGCUAUGGCGGAUAACUUUAUCACGAUUAGCAAUGCGGCGAACUUUAUUUCACGUAUUGUGAUUGGAUAUUCGGCCGACAAGCUUGGCCGGCUUAAUGUCUUGUAUGCCACCACUGUGAUGAGUGCCAUUGCUGUAUUCGCGCUAUGGCUCCCUGCUACGUUUGCCGGCACCACUAUCUCCGUCACAGCAGGAGAGGUCUUGUUCAUUUUCUUCGUCAUUUUCUACGGCGCCUUCGGUAGCGCCUACAUCUCGUUGUUCCCGGCCAGUUUAAUCGAGCUGUUCGGUGUGCAGCACUUUACUUCGGUGAACGGUGCGCUGUACCUCAUCCGAGGCAUGGGAGCCUUGUUAGGUACACCGUUAACAGGAUUACUGCUUCCAGGGCAGUCGGCACUAUCGGCCGUCUCUGUAUAUUGGAGAGCUACCAUGACUGCCGGUAUACUGCUCUUUGCGGCAAGCAUGGCUACGCUGUGGGUUCGCAUAGAAGCAUCUACCGGAAAGGGACGGGCAUGGAAAGUAUGA